UCAAGUCAAUGUUACUAUUCUGCAGUCACUAUUGGAGCGGAUGCUGUACUUUCAGCUUACAGGCUUUCAGAAGACAGAAGCAGAUCUUUAGUUGGAACCAUUCUGUCAAAAGUUCUGCCUGCUACAUUUUCAACACUGGCUUCCUUCUCCAAAAUGAUAUGGCGAAGUGAGCAAACAUCAACCGGAAAAACAGAUGUGAAACCUCAGCCAUUUGCUAGAGCAUCUCCUUUGACAUGCUUGAAAGAUAAUCCAAGAAAAGGAGAGAAACUCACUCUGUCACCUAGUGGUAAAUUGGCAGCUAUUACAGAUUCACUUGGUCGUAUUUUGCUGCUAGACACUCAGGCACUUGUUGUUGUGCGACUCUGGAAGGGAUAUCGUGAUGCUUGCUGCCUUUUUGCGGAAAUGUUAGAUGAUCAAGAUACAGCAUCAUCAACUUCUUAUUAUGAACACUCGAAGAGUGACUAUUGCCUAUGUCUAGCUAUUCAUGCACCUCGGAAAGGAAUAGUUGAGGUCUGGAAGAUGCGAACUGGACCCCGUCUUCUAACCAUUCACUGUCCUAAAGGUAGCAGAAUCCUUCAACCUACCUAUAGGUUUGGUUCAUCAUCGGCAUCUUCGUCAUCUUAUGUUCCUCUUGAAGUUUUCUUGUUGAAUGGAGACUCUGGUCAAUUUUCUGUUCUGAAUCGAUCUCUCAAUUGAGAGGAAACUAAUAUUAUUUUAUCAUAAUUUGAUCAAAUUCAUGGGUCUUUGCUUUUCCAA